AUGUUGUCAUCAGUUCCACACAGAAAGCCUUGGUGGAAAUCGAAGAAGACAGUAAAAGUCACAAGAUCCUAUCCAACCUUCCCUCCACUGAAUGCCUGGGAAGAAUGCAGGGGCCUCUUGCCUGUGGAUGGGGAGCUGAACCCUGGCGUGGGCUUUGGUGUGGAGGAGGGACUGCUCUGCCAGAUGGUGCAUUCUCCAGAAUUCAACCUGUUUCCUGACUCAGUGGUGUUUGAAAGCAACUUUGUCCAGGUCAGGAGGGGCAGAAGCUGGAUAGACAUCUACAAAGCCUCCAAAACUAUGGCCCUGGGGGUGACCUCCUCCGUGCCCUGCCUGCCCCUUCCCAACAUCCUCCUCAUGGCCAGUGUCAAGUGGCACCAGGGGCAGAGCCAGACAUGGAACAGGCCAUCUAUAGCCCCAGACAUCAUCCUGAAGAGGAUUCUCCCAUUGAAGUUUGUGGAGCUCCAGGUCUGUGAUCACCUUGAGCGCAUCCUGCGGUUGAGGACAGUCACUGAGAAGAUCUACUACCUGAAGCUCCACCCUGACCACCCUGAGACUGUGUUCCACUUCUGGACUCGGCUGGUUCAAAUCCUGCAAAAGGGCCUGUCCAUCACCACCAAAGAUCCCAGAAUUCUUGUCACUCACUGCCUGGUACCCAAGAACUGCUGCAGCCCAUCAGGAGACUCUCGGAACCCCCCAGCCUCCCAGCCCAGUGAAAGCCUCAUGCAGCUGAUGGCCAAGGGGGAGAGUGAGGCCCUCUCCAAGAUUUUUGCUGACUUGCACCAGCAGAACCAGUUCAGGAGCAGUAAAAAGAUGGAGACCAACAAGGAUACCUCAGAGAAAGAAACUCCCUAUGAAGACUGCAUCCCUUGCACCCGUGACCUCAGCUGGAGGAAUUCGUUUACCUUCGGAGAGUGGGAAAGGGAGAACCCUUCUGGGCUGCAGCCCCUCUCGCUCCUCAGCACGCUGGCAGCCUGCACCGGGCCGCAGCUGGCCCCACCCAUAGGUGUGGUGAUGGGACAGCCCUGGGGUUCGACCCCAGGCCUGGCUUCGGGUCCUGGGGUCCUGGGGUCCUAG